UUAGAACUUGGAAGCAACAAAGAGGGGAGAAGAAAAAAAAUGACAGUCUCUUUGGAAGCUCUGGCGAUGGCUGGGAUGGACUCCGGCAAUUGGGGCGUGGAUUUUGACGAAUGGGAAACCCAAGAUUCGGACCAGUACCCUCCGCCGUAUCUACUCGCCGAAGGGCCAGACAAUGAAGCAGAGGAACCAAACUGGGUCGAUAAAUUUGGCGCCUUCCCGAGCCACCGUCGCAAAGUCGGCGGCGGCGGCGUCGAUGGUGGUGAAUGUGAUGAUGGCAGUUUUGUCGACAUCAUCGGUGCCGGUUCCGACUCAUCUGAAUGUGAGUGUCGGUGUAGCCUGAGGAGAUAAUUAAUU